AACUCGUCACUGUCAAGGAUAAGUUAAAUGUCAACAUGCGGCAAAAGUAACCUCUACAUAACGAUACAAUUAUUUUAAAUAUUUUUAUUGUAUUGAAAAUAUAACUUUGAGUAAUUAAUAAUUUUUAUCGCAAUGUCGGACGAUAAUACUAAAGCAAUUGAAGCUAGAACUAUUAAAGCUGAGAAAGAAGUAAAAGCUAUAGAAGAAGAACUUGAUAAACUCAUCAAAGGUGAUCUUAGCUAUGUUUCUGAUCCACAACUCGACAAAUUGCUCACUGAAAAUGAGAAAUUGAAGCAUCGUCUAGCAAUUUUGGAGAAUGCCAUCAAAGCGGAAAGUUCGCAAAUAGUGAAACGGGAACCAAGAAAACGGCCUAUGCUCAUCACUAAUAUCAACUCUAUAGAGGGCACGCUAUGUCUUGUGGAUGAAUUAAAAAACAUAUUUACUAUUGCUAUAGAAGCAGCUUAUCCAGAUUUAGAAGACCCGCCGGUGGUGAUUACAUUGUCUGGUAAUAAUCCUAAAUUUGGAGAUUAUCAAUGCAAUUCUGCUAUGCCAAUUUCUCAAUUGCUAAAAGCGAAGAAUAUUAAGACAAACCCAAGAGAAGUGGCAAACAAUAUUCUAAAUAGAACACCACCAUCACCUUUGGUUGAAAAAGUGGAAGUUGCAGGUGCUGGAUUUUUGAAUAUUUACCUAAAUAGACCUUUUGCAGAACAUGUACUUACUUGUAUUCUUAAAUAUGGCAUAAAGCCUCCUCCUGUGAAACGGGAGAGGAUAGUUGUUGACUUCUCUUCUCCAAAUAUUGCAAAAGAGAUGCAUGUUGGUCACUUACGGUCUACAAUUAUUGGGGAAAGUAUAUGCCGAUUAUUAGAGUUUUUAAAUCAUGAUGUUUUACGUAUCAAUCAUCUUGGCGACUGGGGUACACAAUUUGGUAUGUUGAUAGCUCACCUCCAAGAUCAAUUUCCAGACUACAAAACAGAAUCUCCCCCAAUAUCUGACUUGCAAGCUUUUUACAAAGAAUCUAAAAAAAGGUUCGAUGAGGAUGAGGAGUUUAAGAAAAAGGCAUACUCUUGUGUUGUUGAAUUACAAUCAGGUAAUCCAGAUUUUAUAGCCGCUUGGAAACUUAUAUGUGAAGUAUCUCGUAAAGAAUUCCAGAAAGUAUAUGACAGACUCAACAUCCGAAUAAUUGAUAGAGGAGAAUCAUUCUAUCAAAGCCGAAUGGUGACCAUUGUGAAGGAAUUAAAGGAAAAAGGCUUGCUUGAGGAAGAUGAAGGUCGAUUCAUCAUGUGGGGAAGUGAAGAACGGACUGGUAUCCCAUUGACAAUUGUUAAGUCCGAUGGCGGUUACACCUAUGAUACGUCAGACAUGGCGACCAUCAAGCAAAGAGUUCAGGAAGAGAAGGGACAGAGAUUUAUUUAUGUAACUGAUGUUGGACAAUAUAAUCAUUUUGCUACUAUAGACGCGUGCGCCCGUCGAGCCGGUAUCCUUACAGGCGACUUGAAAGUUGAGCAUGUUGGAUUUGGAGUUGUUUUAGGUGAAGAUAAGAAAAAGUUCAAAACCAGAUCAGGUGAUACAAUCAAACUCAUAGAUCUAAUGGAUGAAGGGUUAAAGAGGUCUUUAGAUAAACUCGUUGAAAAGGGCCGCGAUAAAGUAUUAACGCCGGAAGAAUUAAGGAAGGCGCAAGAAGCUGUCGCCUAUGGAUGUAUCAAGUAUGCCGAUCUUUCACAUAACCGUAUUAAUGAUUAUAUCUUUUCAUUUGAUAAAAUGUUAGAUGAUAAGGGUAAUACUGCUGUAUAUUUAUUGUAUGCUCUGACUAGGAUACAAUCAAUAGCAAGAACUGCACAGGUAUCUACGGAACAACUAAUUCAAGAAGUGGAGAAAUCAGGUAUAAAGCUUACACAUGAAGCAGAAUGGAAAUUAGGCAAGGUGCUUCUGAGAUUCCCUGAAGUUAUUUUGAAGGUAUCAAACGACCUAUUUCUCCACUCUCUAUGUGAAUAUCUGUAUGAAAUAUCAUCAACAUUCACAGAAUUCUAUGACAAAUGUUAUUGUGUGGAGAAAGACAAAAGCGGUAAUAUAGUAAAGAUUUUCUAUGAAAGACUAAUGCUGUGCGAAGUGACCGCUCGAGUUAUGACAAAAUGUUUUGAUAUACUUGGUAUUCAAACUGUUUCUAAAAUGUAAACAAUCAAAAUAUACAUUUUUGUAUAAUAUACUAAUGCAGGUUUUAAUAAUUUAUUAACUAACACAAAUAAAACGCAUUUGUAAAUGUAAAAGUUUUAUUGAGUUCCCAAAAACCUCUAUAAAACUAUACCACUGCUCAAAGAUAACAGGAUCGUAUGAAGUAACAUGCUAUUAAGAUUAAAAAAUACACUUGUUAGAAGACACUGGUUCACUAACAAAGUAUUAAAGAUAUAAAUAACUGGUCUUAAAUAAACAACUUGUACAUUAAAUUAUUAUAAAGGUUCUAUUACAUGUGAAAUUAUCAACAAAUCGUUCAAAUGUUCAAUAUUAUUUUACCUUUUUAAUAGCAGACAAACAGAUUUUUAAUUGAAAUCAAUUUCCUUAACUGGGAAAGCAUUGAUCUGUUCCUACAGACUAUACUUAGAGAGAUAAGCUUGCUUUCAAAAUAAAUUGCGUCUACGAGCUGCUGAAUUGUUAAAUAAUAACCAGUUACAUAUUUAUAUUUAAGACGGCAAAAAAUAGAUCAAAUUUCUAAUAAACAUUGAAAUCAUAAAUAUACACAACAAUCGUCUCUAGGAUGUAUUUAACAUUUUAAUGAACCUCUAUUUUAUACAUAAACAUCAGAUAUAAUCCAAAGUGUCAUGCUAAAUCACAUAAUUUUCAAAAAUACAUAUGUAUAAUAGUUCAUAAAAAUUCCCAGCAAAAUAGACGACCUAAUUUUUACAUACAAUUUGAAAUUACAAUACAAGGUUUAUGAUCAUUAUGAAUGCAUUGCAUCUCUCAGUCUUCUUAGAAGAAAACUAAUACGAGAAUAAUAUUAUUUUAUUUAAUUAUUCUCUGACAAUAGGAGGAUUAUACUAUACGUGUAAUUUAGUAAAUAAGUGGGUAGUUUUAAACGAUAUGUUACCUACAAUCCGAAAACUGCAAUCGUCCAUCUUUGAUAAUAAUAUAUUAUAUUAUAUAUUAUAUACAUGUAUUAAAUUUGGGCAACUAUUUUGCUGAGACCACGUACGUCCAAUUAAAAGAGUGUGUAGGAACUUUCGACUUAUAUCACUGCUUUUAAAAAGAACAAUUCCUACAUUGAAAUUUUACCCAUUUCAUUUAACUUGGAAGACUGACUUAUUUAUUCAUCAAACUGUCUUUACAAAUUUUUGUUGGGAUUUAAUUCAAUAAAAAUAUUAACAAAUCUAUUGCCAGUGCCCUGACAAUUUUUUUCUUUAUAAGCGAAGUCAGAA